AGCUCAGUACCGAGAGUCUGAGCGUGACCUCUAUUGCGGUUGAAAACACAGCGGAGCCGCGGCUCGAUCGGUGGGGUGUUUGUUUAGGUCUUCAUUUUACCUGUCAACACAGUACUCUCAGAAAACAGCACCGCAAGACAGGCUUAUGUGCUCCGUGCCGCUGGAUCUCCGCUCAGGGGUGCUCAGAGUGUCAGCCGGCUUUGAGAUCUAUCACAGCACUGCAACAUCAGUAUGGGUGUGAUCAGUGUGCAGCUGGUGGUUACCAUGGUAAUGGCCAGCAUGAUUCAGAAGAUCAUACCCCACUAUUCCUUUGCACGAUGGCUCCUCUGCAGUGGCAGUCUGCGUUGGUACCAGCACCCCACAGAAGAUGAGCUGAGGACUUUAGCUGGAAAACAGCAGAAAGGAGGCAAGAGCAAGAAGGACAGAAAGUACAAUGGGCACUUGGAGAACAAGCCGAUGACUAUUCCAAAAGACAUCGACCUUCAGCUGGAGACUAAAUGCAUUGCAGAAGUGGACACACUAGCUUUGCAUUACUUUCCUGAAUUCCAGUGGCUGGUGGACUUCACGGUGGCUGCCACUGUGGUGUAUCUCAUCACUGAGCUGUACUUCUGUGUGGCAGAGCCCAGUGGAGAGAUGAACAUCAGUGUGGUGUGGAGUCUGCUGGUCUUGGCCUUUGUCAUGAAGAUCCUUUUCUCCCUCACGGCUCACUACUUCAGACUAGAGGAGGGCGGUGAGCGUUCCCUCUGCAUCACCUUUGCCUUUUUCUUCUUUGUGAAAGCCAUGGCUAUUCUUAUUGUCACAGAAAACUACCUGGAAUUUGGCCUUGAGACAGGCUUUGCAAAUUUUUCCGAAAGUGCCUUGCAGUUUCUGGAGAACCAAGGCCUUGAGUCUCAGGGCCCCAUAUCCAAGCUGACCUUUAAGCUGAUCCUGGCUCUGCUCUGUGCUCUCAUUGGAGCCUUUCUCACCUUCCCCGGCCUGCGAUUGGCCCAGAUGCAUCUUGAUGCCCUCACACUAAAUGACUGCAAAGUCACACAGACCUUGCUACAUAUCAACUUCUUGGCCCCCUUAAUCAUGGUACUGCUAUGGGUGAAGCCCAUAACAAAGGAUUAUAUAAUAAAUCCCACAUUUGGGAAAGAUAGUGUGCCUUUGAUGUCUGAGAAGACAUAUGACACAUUGCGUCUGUGGGUGAUCCUGCUUUUGUGUGUGCUGAGACUAGCAAUGAUGAGGCAUCAUCUUCAGGCCUACCUUAACCUGGCCCAGAAGGGCGUCUUGCAGAUGAAGAAGGAAGCGGGACGCAUUAGUACAGUGGACCUCCAAAAGAUGGUCGCCCGAGUCUUUUACUACCUGUGCGUAAUAGCUCUUCAGUACAUUGCACCUCUGGUGAUGCUGUUGCACACUACUUUGCUGCUAAAGACAUUAGGUGGAUACUCGUGGGUGAUUUACCCCGAAGAGAAUUUGCCGUGUUUGCCAAAUGAGGAGUCGAGCCCUGCCGAGGUGGGGCAAGGCGAGAUGCAGGCCUCUCAAACAGUGGCCCAGCUGUCGGUUGCUCUCGGGGGGCUGAGGACUGUUUUCUCCCCCUUGCUUUUUCGAGGGCUCCUGUCCUUCUUCACUUGGUGGAUUGCCGCAUGCCUGUUCUCCACCUCUCUCUUUGGCCUCUUCUACCACCAGUAUCUGAUGGCUGCAUAGCAUCGGGAAUGGCUUGUUCGACUGAACUGUGCGACACGAGGCCCUGAAACAUUCCCCUUUUUCUGCAACCAUAUCAGCUGGGCUCUUCUCUGAGGGGCUUCCUCCAUGGACACGUUAUUUUAACCUAGCCAAUACGUAAACGACAACAGUAACAGUCAUUGUAAUAUUUAUCAAUGCAUCAAUGGAUGGAGGAUGGCUUCUGAAGGAGACCUCAAAAUAAUGCUGAUUUUAAAGGGGACGGCGUCUUUGAACCACCAGAAGGUUGAAAGCUAGGGAUCACUCAUGGUCGUUGACAUUCUUUGCAUUUCUUUUUUGUUUUUUUUAAGAGUUUAAAAUUAUGCUAGAUGAAUUUCAUGAGAAUGACAGUUUUUAAUCGUGUUUUAAAGUUGUUUCACUUCUCCAAAGUAGAAACUGGCUUCUGCUUUAGGGGAGGUUUUCAUUGCUGAUCCGUGAAGAGGAAACAGUGUUUUAGUCAAGCUUGGAGAGUGUAGUGAGGGGAUUGAUCAAGGAGAACUGUAUGUGUUAAAGGUAUAUUUAUUUGUCCAUUUCGGAGGGACUGAAGUCAGCCUUCUCACAAGGAGCGUUUUUCGUUUGACUGUAGAAGACUGAGAGAUAAUUUAAGUGUGCGUGCGCGUGUGAGAGUGACGGUUCACAUGUUAACAUCAGUGCCUGCAGGCUCCCAGUGACCCCUGCUGCUGGUGGGUAAAUCUAAAAAGGGCAUUUUGAUCAAGUAUAAAAGCUAACUCAAAAAACUGUCUAAAGCAGUGGCCUCCGCUCUUCUGAUACUCUUCCCUGUCAUUUAAGUGAUGUUUCACUUUGAAUUUGGGUCCAGUGACAUCAAACGCAUCCUGUAAGCGUGCUCUGUGUUUCUGUAUGGAGCCUAUUGAUUUUCUGUAAUGCAUCAAAUAACAGGAUUGGAUUUGUUUCAUGUGAAGGUGCCAAGUAUGCUUGUAUUCCCCUGUGAGUGUGUACAGUACUUCCUGUUGGAAAUCUGAAGCACACAUGCUGAGGUACGAGCCAAAGCAGAACAUGCGGCUUGAUCACAAAGAAACGUCUACGAGGUCCACUUGAAUAUUGCGAGUUUUUUUUGGCACUACGGUUACAAAAACCACACAGAGGCAUAUCUAGUAUUUUUUGUUUGUCUUUUUUUAGUGUUAACCUACUGUAAAAGUCUUAUUCUCUCCUUCCGUUUGAGUUUUUGGAAGGUACGCAGACAAUGAAUGUAUUGAUCCUGCCUGAUUUUUCCAUUUUUUUUUUUUAUUAUUAUUGUAGAACAAAUCUACUACCUUUGGGGCUCCUAAUAUAAUCUUUGCUUUUAACAAAUGUCAGUUAAAUUUGAAAUCCAAUUUUUCUGUGUUGUGGACUUCCAGGGAUAUUUAUAUUGCAAAGGAGUGUCCACUACUAUCAAAAGCACGCUAUACAAUCAAUACUUGUUAAAAAUGUGGCAGUUAGAUGCUGAAUUCAAAUUUUUUCCUCUGUUGUUUAUUAUCAUGCUGUGAAGAUUGAUGGACGCAAAGGGGAGUUUAUUUUAGCUGUAAACAUUUACAAUUUUUGGUAAUCAUCAGCAGGGCCGUUUUAGCCUUACACUCAGCUAUAGACAUUUUUUUUUUUCCCCCUCGUACUUUACCUUACCUUCAUUUAAUUUUCUCCCUCUUUCCCCCACCAUAAAAAUUUUAAACAAGUGACCAAAAUUAAUCUAAAAUUACUAAAGUUUAACCCCUUUUACGAGGUGUUCAAUAAACAUGUCUGUAGACAUUUCUAACCCUAAUGCCAAAUAGUUUAUGAGACUCAUAACUGAGCCAUAUUAAUUUAAGAUAUUAAAGACACACACAGUAUUCCAGUAUUGAAGUAGCUGGGAUCUCUUUUAAAACCUAUGAGCCUAAAUGGGUCUGUUAUUCUUCAAUGCAUUUUAAGUACUUAUCUUUAUUUAUUACUUUUCAGUUUGUUUAAUAAAUGAUUG